CCCAACCCUUAGCUUGUUAUAUUAAUAAAUUGAGAUCGAUGGAGAGAGGCUAAUUAAGGGGUCGAGUAAAGAAAUUCUCUAAUCUGUAUUUUGGUUAAUUUUAUUUGAGACUUCCAAUACUAAGAAGAUUGCGAUCCAUAAUCAAGAAAGCUAGAACUGGGCAUCCUUUGAGCUAGCUGCUAUAAUCCUUCUAUGACUCAAAUUGCGAUCCAUAAUCAAGAAGAUUACUAGCGAUAUGAUGAUGUGUGAUUAUUCAGAAGCACUACAGGCACCGCCGGUGUUGAAGGCGUACGAUCAAUCUACCUUUAAACGAUGGCAUGAGAAUGGGCAAAUGACGCUGCCCUGGAUUUAUGUUAAGGUGGAGAAGGGAGAGCAGUUUCCUAAAGAUUUAGGCGAAUGUACAGUAGAGGUGAAGAUGGACACUAAGUACGCGGCGAGCGGCAAACUCGCGGCUGGCAAAGAUGCGGCGGUGCUCGUAAAGUUUCUCGACGGAAUAGCCGACAGGGAAUUCGUGGUGAAGUUGGCAUCAGCUAAAGACAAAAAGGUUGUGGGUUCAAAGACUCUGGACUAUCGGUGGUCGGAAAUCAUCUGCCUGCAACGCGGUGUAACGGUGGCGCCAGCUCAGUAUAGCAUCGCCGAUAAAGGCGCAAAAGAUGAGUUGAGGAUUUCCGUGUGGUUAUCAACCAAUAAAUGGGACGGAGCCGUUGAAGCCACCUCACCAGGUUCCACCGCCGCCGCCUCACAUCCUUCCCUUCGCUCCUACUCCUAUGCGCAACCAAAGCUGGCCUACUGCCGGGUGGUGCUUCUACAGCUCGAGCCAUCCUCCAAAUCUUGUAAAGCCCCUCUCAAGGACGGUGCUUCCUACUACGUGCAUUGCCAGAUGGGAGGAGAACAGCAUUGGUGGACUCCGCCGUUACCUCACCCCAGCCCAUAUAACAAUAUUGAGAACACACCCCUGAACUGCCAUGCCUUUGGCCGCAGGCAAUUCUGGUUCGCUGCGGAUCAAGUCGACCCUGACAGCCUCACCUUCACGGUCAUGGUCCGUCCUCCUCGUGCGGUGGGUGCCACCAAGGAGCCGUCGUACGAUGUGCUUGGGAGUGUCGUCGUCCCCAUGGACGGGAAUGGCCCGAAACUUAAAAAUGGCCAGAAACACCAUGAUGGGAGAUUCAUGCUCGUGAAAUCGGGCGACGAACUAGGGCUUGUACUACACGCAGCGGUGUGGAUAGACAGAAACUACCACGUCUUUGAUGACCUGGAUUCUUACACCAGCGAUCGCUCCCCCACCGUCAAACGCUUGAAUGCAUCUGCACUCGGUAUAGCAGAGCUAGAUGUCACGAUCGAACGUGUGGAGGCCCUCGUUCCCAUCAAAAAGCAAAAAGAUGUCUGGACGACCGACCCGUACUGCGUCGCCAAGUACGGGAACAAGUUUUGCAAGACACACACUGCAGCAGCCAAAUUCGGCGCUUCUGCGGACCCCAAGUUCAAUCACACGUACAAAUGGGAGGCGAUCGGCUACAAACCGAAACCAUUCCCCACCAAUGCGAACGCCUACAAUGACCCGAGCAUAUCAGUUCUCACACACACCGACUUCGGAGAGAAUUUCACAUGGGAGGUCUACGACCCGAACACAGUUCUCACCAUCGGCGUGUUUGACAACAGCAACGUGGUGGCAGUGGAGGGGAAGAAGGACGAGGAGGGGAAGAAGAAGAAGGUAGAGGACAUGAACAUCGGUAAGGUUAAGGUUCCCAUCUCCACCCUGCUAAUAUACAAGAGCUACAAAAGAGUGUUUCCCCUGUUCGUCGUGCAUCCCGAGCUGGGCCCGCAGGCCAGGAUAAUGGGCAUGCUGCAUGUGACGAUUCAGCUCGUUCCUCGAAGCUUGGGGGGCUUUUUAUUCACUUACUUUACCCCUCCUCUCCCGAGCAUACACUACCUGCAAGGUGUCCCGCCGCUCGAGAAGAUGCCGGAGAUCCGGAGAAGCGCCGUGGCCUUGGAGGUCAAGAACCUAGCAAGAUCUGACCCGCCUCUCGGGGGAAAUGUCGUUAGAUACAUGACCACGCCAGAGCAGGGCUUUAGCAGGCGCGUGUUGCUCACAAACAUAGCACGCCUCUGCUCUGCCUCCGGUUUACGUGCACCACUACUACUUGUCGGGCUCGUCCUCAGCAGAAGCAGCCUGACAACGUCAUGGCUCGUUUCUGUGCUUCUUACCAUCCUCCUCUUAUGGCCAUUCCUCAUCAUCCCUCUCAUCCUCUCCACCUUUAUCGUUGUGGGACUUGUUAAUUUAGCAACGUGGGCGAGCUGGAGCAGCUCCAAACCCAGCUUCACCCACCCACUACACCUCCUCGAUCUAGUUGCACACCAGAUGAUGCACCCAGACCAUCUUGACGAGGAAGCGGACACGCACCCGACGAGCCGUAAGCCAGAUGUGGUGAAGAGGAGAUACGACGAUCUGAGGCUUCUAGCUGCACAUUUCCAGAACUUUUUGGGCGACCUUGCAAGUCUAGCGGAAAGGUUUCAGAAUAUAGUGACUGCGAAGAACCCAGCUCUUACGGCCAUCGCUCUCUUCUUCUCCACUGCAGUGUUGUGUGUGCACUGCAUGAUACUGCGAUUCAACUCCAUUGCGGCCAUGUGUGUUAUUCUGCUUACAGUGUUGUGGAAUUUCAGAUUCCUGAAAACUGCUCUGCCCCCUGCGCCUUUCAACCUCUUUCGACGCCUGCCUACCUUCUACGAUAAUCCCUUGUAACUCAUUAUUCAUCUCAUAUCAUCAUCUCAUGUGCUUCAAAUAUUAUGUGUAUAAUUAUGAUGUUAAUAAAGGUGUCCUAACCACCCGCUCUCCAAAUACGUACUCUCUUUUUUGUUGAUUUCUUUGAUGUAUUCCCGCAUUUUUUAAUUUGAAUGAUACUCCGUAAGUCCGUAUGUGUCUGCACUUAAAUUGAUUGUGUGCGAAGGAAUUUAUUUUGUAAGUGUAAA